AUGUCCUUCUCUCCGCUCUUGACGUCCGUUAUCGCUGUGGCGGUGCUUUGGUUGGCAGCAGCACAACCACCAGGUCCCGCGGCGGCGUGUGCGUUUCAUCACAAUGUCUCCAGCAGCGAGCUGGAAGCCUUUCUCAUUGCGGGAGAAUGUGUCGAUACACACGAGCAAUGUGCCGAGUGGGCCGAAGAGGGAGAAUGUGAAGUCAACGAUGGAUUCAUGUUGGAGUCUUGUCCCUGCAGCUGCAAUUCCUGUCCCUCCUUUGUCGAAAACCAUUGGGACGACGAACCCCAAAUUGCAUAUGGACCCCUCAAGGAUGAAAUUCAAUACAUUAUUCAAAAGACAGAAGCCUACAUGAAAGAGUCCGUCUAUGCCAAGAAAGAUCAGUGUCGAAAUAAACACAGAGGUUGUAGUCACUGGAGUUUGUUGGGCGAAUGUGAGAAGAAUCCACGCUGGAUGCUCGAAGAUUGCGCCCCGGCUUGUCAAGCUUGUCAUCGCAUGCCCAAGCGUCGAUGA